AUGGUGGAAGAAAAUCAAGUGAGAUCAAAGCCACAAGGCAAAAGAAAAAUCGCAAUUGCGAAAAUAGAAAACAAAGCAAGGAAACAAGUUGCGUUCUCGAAACGAAGGAAGGGUGUUUUUAAGAAGGCUAGUGAAUUAUGCACCUUAUGUAACGCAGAAAUCGCGGUCCUUACGUUCUCUGAAGCGGGUAAAGUCUUUACCUUUGGCCAUCCAAGUGCGGAUGAAGUGAUCAAUAGGUACAUUAAUAGUUCAACGUCGUCGCCUUUGUCGUUGUCGUUGGACUCGUCAAGUGUUACAAACGAGCAUGUAGGCAAAGAGAAGUUGUCGCACGCUGCAACGUGUAGUGACGAGAAAGACUUGAGUUGGUGGCAAAAGCCUGUUGAAGGGUUAGGGUUGGAAGAACUUGAGAAAUUUAUGAAUUCUUUGAUUGAAUUAAGGAUUAAUGUUGCAUCUAAAAUUGGUAAUUGUUGGAGUAACAAUAAUAAUGUUGGUUCUUCGGCAAAUACUCCAAAGUCUGGCUUAGAUCUUAACGAGGCAUACAAUCCAAAGACCAAUGGAGCUGAUGAGUAG